AUGAAUCCGGACCUUCCUGGGCCGUCUUCUCAAUAUGGUGCAACAGAUACUGCGGGUUCGCCUGCUGUUACGGUUCGACCUGAAAAACGACGGGUGACAAUCAGAAGCAAUCCACGAAGCAGCCAAGGGGCCUCUUCUGAGGUUUUAGCAACUCAGUCUACAGAUGGGGAAACUGAAGAAGGUGAUAUUGAAUUGAAAUAUGGCGCUGAGCAUGUGAUUCGUCUAUUCGUGCCUGUUUCACUUUGUAUGGCCGUCGUUGUAAUGACGAUGAGCUCGAUUCAGUUCUAUACUGAAAGCGGCGGUCAACAUUUGCUAUAUACGCCUUUUACCAAAGAAACGGAUAAUGCUGGGGAAAAGGUAUUAUACUCCCUUGGUAAUGCUGGAAUCUUGCUGCUUUUUAUCAUUAUAAUGACGUCGAUCCUCAUUCUGCUCUAUAAGUACAAAUUUUACCGCAUAAUUCAUGGUUGGCUGUUUGUGAGCAGCUUAUUGCUCCUUUCAAUGUUUACUACAGUAUAUACUAUUCAGGUACUGAAAGCUAUCAACGUUUCCAUAUCAUGCGUAACCGUAUUCUUCUUCAUCUACAAUUUCGGCGUGCUAGGAAUGAUAUGUAUUCAUUGGAAAGGACCACUACUUCUACAACAAGCUUAUCUAAUUGCUGUAUCAGCUCUGAUGGCUUUAACAUUUCUAAAGUAUUUACCUGAUUGGACUGUAUGGACUGUUCUAGCCGCAAUAUCAAUUUGGGAUUUGAUUGCAGUACUUUCACCAAAAGGGCCUCUCAGAAUUUUGGUUGAAACUGCCCAGGAACGUAACGAACCCAUCUUCCCGGCUUUAAUUUAUUCAAGCGGUGUCUUGUAUGGUUAUGUUUCAAUUAUAUCGACGACUGAACCAAACAAUCAGGCCACAUCUCCGAAGACACCUCCCAGUACUUCUAAGCAGGUUUGUUUUGUAAAGUCAGCUAAUCAACGAACUCGAGAUCUUUGGGUGAAACGGUACGCGGUUCGACCAAGCAUCGAAGUAACACCCGACGAAAGGCAAGGAUCACUUUCAACAAACGAAAUCAACGUGGAAGAGCCUAAACGCCCAGUUCGAAAUGGGCGACGACAACAAAAUGAAGGUCAAUCAGCAAGCGAUGCACAGCAAAACAAUGAUGGAGAACCAAUCAUUGUCGAGAAAGAAGAACGCGGUAUCAAAUUAGGACUUGGCGAUUUCAUCUUCUAUUCAGUCUUGGUUGGAAAAGCCUCAUCGUAUUUUGAUUGGAACACGACCGUGGCUUGUUAUGUGGCGAUUCUUAUCGGACUAUGUUCAAACGAUAUGGGUGAUACGAGCAAGGAAAAGAAAGGUUCGGUUACUCCGGUGAUCUCCGAACAACAGGAAAUCGAGCAGCUGUAUUCACAUCAAAGAAACUUGAUUUCUCAAACGAUAAACGAUGAACACGUUUUUGCUGCCAUGAAGGCUUCAGAUUUAACGGUUGAUGAGCUUUUAGAUGUUUGUCCCGAGCUCAAAGAAGAAUAUGUUCGCAAUGAAAAAUUGAAGUACAGAAAGCAAAUUUUGCUCAAGGCUAUCGAAGAACAAACGCGUAUAAAUUCUAAACAAGAAGCCGUCCCCAAGGCAACAAAUGGUGAUGCACCAAAAAUUGGGGAGAAUAAAGCAGUAAAAAAUCCAAAACUCACCGAAAAGAUCGAUUACAUUGAAAUCAAAGAUUAUGGGAGCAGCAUUAUCGGACGAUUGAAUGCACUUUUUAAAGAUGCUAUCCACAAGGCUUAUCCUGAUUCUAAUGUCGCCGCAAUAGUAACUAUGAAUAAUAAUCCAAACAAUGGUGAUUAUCAAUGUAAUUCUGCUAUGGCUAUUGUAAAGAAACUCAAGAGCAGCGGGGUUAACAAGAAGCCAAGCGAGGUUGCUGAAACAAUUAAAAGCAAGCUCCAACCAUCGGAAGUUAUUAGCAAGGUUCAAGUGGCGCCUGCUGGUUUCAUUAACAUCUUUUUGAAUCAGAAUUAUUUGGAAACCCAAGUUGGAGCCAUUGCUAAACAGGGUGUACGAAUGCCAAAUGUUGCUAAAAAACGAGUCGUCGUCGAUUUUUCUUCGCCCAAUAUUGCAAAGGAAAUGCACGUUGGACAUCUGCGCUCCACAAUUAUCGGUGAUAGUAUUUCAAGAUUGUUCGAAGCUGUCGGAUUUGAUGUGGUUCGACUGAAUCAUGUUGGGGACUGGGGAACCCAAUUUGGAAUGUUAACUGCGCAUUUGCAAGAUGAGUUUCCAAAUUAUCUUGAAGUAACUCCCCCGAUUGCCGAUUUGCAAGCAUUUUACAAGGAAGCCAAGAAACGAUUUGAUACUGAUUCUGAUUUCAAAGUACGUGCAUAUGAGUGUGUUGUCAAGUUACAAGCUUUCGAUCCAUUGAUUAUUAAAGGAUGGCAAUUAAUUUGCGAUAUUAGCCGAAAAUAUUUUCAACAAAUCUAUGACCGUCUCGACAUAAAAGUCACCGAGCGUGGAGAGUCUUUUUAUCAGACUCGAAUGCAAGCAAUUGUGAAUGAACUCAUGGAGCGUAAAGUGUUACUCGAAGAGGAAGGAAGGAUGGUGAUGUUCCCCUCGGGAUGUGAUGUUCCGCUCACUGUUGUCAAAAGUGAUGGUGGAUUCACCUACGCUACCUCGGAUUUGGCUGCAUUGAAGCAACGAAUUUUUGACGAAAAAGCGGAUUGGUUAAUAUACGUGAUUGAUGCUGGCCAAAGCUUGCACAUAGAGACUAUAUAUGCGGCAGGCCGAGACCUUGGUUGGUACGAUCCGCAAGUGAAACGAGUCGAACAUGUCGGAUUUGGGCUUGUUCUAGGCGAAGAUAGGAAAAAGUUUAAAACACGUUCUGGGGAGACUGUACGUCUUGUGGACCUUCUUGAUGAAGGUUGUAAACGGGCAAUGGAGGUCUUGAUUGAGAAAAAGAGGCUAGAUGAAUUAACUGCCGAGGAAGUGGCUGCUGCACGCGAUUCUGUAGCUUAUGGGUGCAUCAAAUAUGCAGAUCUGUCGCACACUCGUACUCAGGAUUAUAUCUUUUCGUUUGAUCGUAUGGUGGAUUUCCGCGGCAACACGGCUACUUAUUUACUGUAUACGUACGCCAGAAUCAUGUCGAUCAUGCGGACAUCGGGUGUAAGUGAAAAUGAACUCAACAAAUGGAUCGAGGAAAAUCCAUCAAUUCCACUUGGCCAUUUAGCCGAAAUUAAUUUGGCCAAAGUUAUUCUUCGCUUUGGUGAUAUCAUUAUUCAAGUGCUCGAUUCGCUUAUGUUACAUCAGUUAUGUGACUACGUGUAUCAAUUGGCCACACAAAUCAGCGAUUUCUACAAAGAUUGCUACGUGAUUGAUAACAAAGGAGGUAUAAGAACGGUUCAUUAUCAACGAUUGGCCCUAUGCAAAGCAACAGCUAAAACGAUGCAGGGUUGCUUCAACAUUUUGGGAAUCCAUGAAGUAUUCAUGCUCGGCUCGACGCUUUUGACUUUGCAAAGACGCUUUUAUAACGUGUUUCGGCGUCAUUAUGCAAUUUAUAAAUCCACAGCACUUCCUCGUAUAGCAAAUGAUUUGGAUGUCUUUGAUGGAGAAGUUUCCUUUGAAAGCGAUGGGAAAAAAUUUGACCUGACUACAAAAUGGCAGGAUACAAUGCCGGGUGGUUCAUCUGUUGGAAAUGUCGUGUGCUUACAUGGAUCUCCCGGAUCGCAUAACGAUUUCAAAUACAUAUCUCAAUUUUUGCGCCAAAAGGGAAUUCGAGCAAUAGGAUUGAAUUUUCCAGGAAUCGGGAUUACUGAAUCUCAUCCUAGUCUUUCCUAUCAUAAUGCUGAACGGGACGCAUUUGCUCUAUCUAUGAUUGAGAAGUUAAAGAUUACGGGCAAAGUUGUGUGGCUUGGACACAGCAGGGGCAAUGAAAAUGCAUUGCGAUGUUCUAUUGAGCUUGAGGAUCAAUCAAAAGGUGUCAUUCUUGUAAAUACGACGGGUUUUCGUGUGCAUAAAGGAAUACGUCCUAAUUGGGUCAUCAAGGUAGCAUCCUGGGCCGAUCGAACAAGUGCAUUGACGAGGGCACUAAUGAAUCCUAUCACUUAUAUGGCUUAUAAUAGACUUGGACUUAAAACAGCCCAUUCCGACAUCACGGGGAAAUGUGUGCAAACAAUGGCGACUUUUGAUUUCGAUAAAUUAAAGCCUUUUAUCACUCGUUUCAAUGAAGGCUCGAAAUUACAACUCAUCGUUUUGAUAGCAGGCCGUGAUUUUCUUAUUGAAGAAGACAUUACUAGAGAAUUUUUCAACGCGUUCAAUGAUGGUCAAGAGAAGAGUUUCGCUUCAUCAGAUAGUGGCGAAGAAGAGGCUAAGGAAUUUAUUGUUAACCGAGUCAUGGAAGGUCGCCGUGCAACUGCCAUCUAUUUCCCCGAGGAUGGUCAUUUCAUGCAAAAACAUCGAGCAAUAUUGAUUGCUGACUCGUGUGAAGCUCUAUUUAAUAAAGCCGAU